AUGAAUGCCAUAAAAUUUAAAAUCCUCGAUCCACAGUUAAUGUCUGAUGCUCUUGAAUUAAAAGAGCUCAGAAAAAAGUUCAACGAACAAACUCGACAGCUAAACAAACUUAUAAUGGAAAGUUCACAAUCAUCUAGCAGUUCCCAACAAAUAUUUGAGUUCAACUUCCCACAGCAACAAGAAAUAACAUUGAACUCACCUCAAGCUGUUAAUGUGCCUAAAGGAGCGAAUGCGAAUUAUGGAGCUAAUCUACCAACUCAAGCUGAAGGUGUUAUUCCAAUUAACGCUACGAAUCAAUACAAUUCAAAUAAUACCUUAUUUGAUUUUCACCUUGAUAUAAGUGUCUCUAAUGAAUUAGCCACAUCUCCUGACAGAACAACUAACUUUCAUUAUAAUAAUGGACUAAACAAAUCUGAUUCUAAACGACGACGAACAAUGGAUAAUAAUGAACUAAACAAGUCUGAUUCUAAACGACGACGACCAACAGCUAAUACAAAAACUCGUUCAAGCACAUUACCAUCUUCGAAUAUUAAUGCGUAUAAAAAUGUUAGGCAAGCCUCCAUGCCUAUUACAUUGGAUGCCUCGAUGAUUCAAGCAGAAAAUAUUCCUCUAAUUGAUACCAUGGAUAUAUUGAAUUUAUUUAAUCAUCACUCUCAUGAAAAUGCUUCUAAUCCAUUAACUACAUCAAAUGGCAGUAUAAUUGAUUAUCAUGGUAACCAACAAACAUCAUCCCAAAUGAAUGUUGAACAAACGUCACUUCAAUUGAAUGUUGAACCAACAUCAUCCCAACUGAUUGUAGCAGAUCACAUCAACUUUGAUUGGUUUAACUGA